AUGGCUUCACAGGCCAGCGCAGCCCUGGGCGCGGACACCGGUGCCCGCAGGAAGCCCCGCCUGGCGGCGUCAUUGCAGAUCAGCCCCGGGCCCAGCCCCAGGAGGCCUUCGGCCAGCCUGGGCCAAGACCCCUGGGAGACCGCGCCCGCUCCCAACUUGGACGACGCCGAGCAGGGCGGGCAGCUCCAGGCCUCGGCGACGGGGCAUGGUGGGCCUGGGGUGGGGGCCCAUGCCCGGGAACUGGGGGCAGCCCGGGCACGGGAAGACUCGAGGGGAAGGAUGGGGGGGUCCCCGAAGGUCUCCUUUCCGUCCGCAGGGCCCGCCGGGGAAUUCCCGACGGCGGCCAGACAGCUGGGCCUGCAGCUCAAAGACCCGCCACCGGGCCAGGCUGUGGCCUUGCUUACUCAGUGCGCGGCCAGUCUGGGAGUGUCCCUGAUCUUCCGAGAGGACCAAACAGCAGACCCCUGCUUGCCCUUCUCUGUGUCCGUGGAGCUGGAUGGGGUGGUCUGCCCUGCGGGCACCGCCUACAAUAAGCCAGAGGCCAAGCAGCAGGCAGCUCUGUCUGCCCUCCACUACAUCCAGCGUCGGCUGGAGAGCCCAGAGACCCCAAAGACCGCCAGCCGGCCUCCACUCGCCCCCCUGAGCAUCGAGAACAUCCUGACCCACGAGCAGCGCUGCGCAGCCGUGGUCAGCGCCGGCUUUGACCGCCUGGUGGACGCGAGCUCGCAGUACUGGGCCUGCAAGGGGACUGUGGCCGCAGUCAUCCUGGAGAGAGAGGUCCCGGGCGCCCAGGGCCACGCCAAAGAGAUCUACCAGCUGGUGGCGCUGGGCACCGGCGGUGGCAGCUGUGCCAGGUGGCUGGACUUCUCGGGCCGACAGCUCCACGACUGCCACGGGCUGGUGGUGGCCCGCCGGGCCCUGCUGAGGUUCCUGUUCCGGCAGCUCCUGCUGGCCACGCAGGGGGGCCCCAAGGGCAAGGAGCGGUCUGUGGUGGUCGCCCAGCCGGGGUCCGGGCCCCCCUUCGCCCUCAAGCCCCGGAUCUUCCUGCACCUGUACGUCAGCAACACCCCCAAGGGAGCUGCCCACGACAUCUGCCUCCCGCCAGCCUCGGAGGGCGGCCUCCCGCACAGCCGCCUGCUCCGCCUGCAGGCCCACAUCCAGGGGCGGCUGAAGCCCGUCUGCUACGUGGCCCCUGCGCUCCGCGACACCCACGUGGGCUGCCUCUCGGCCAGCGACAAGCUGGCACGCUGGGCCGUACUGGGGCUGGGCGGUGCGCUGCUGGCCCACUUCCUGCCCCCCGUCUACGCCAGCAGCCUGGUCCUGGCCGACCCCUGCCAGAACACCCCGGCUCUGGGCAGGGUCAUCCACGCCCGGCCCGGCCUCGACAGGGCCUUGGGGCCGUGCCUGCCGCCCCCCUACACCCGGACCACGCUGCACCUGUUUGAGGGGCCCUCAGUGGCCCCCUCCGACCCCCCCUCCAACACCUGCCAGGGCCUGAGCCUCAACUGGAGCCUGGGGGACCCUGACGUCGAGGUGGUGGAUGUGGCCACCGGGCGUGUGAAGGCCGACGCUGCCCUGGGGCCUCCGUCCCGCCUCUGCAAGGCUGCCUUUCUCCGGGCCUUCCGCCAGACUGCCCGUGCUCUCGGGAAGUCCCACCUCCUGGCCUUGAAGACCUAUGAGGCAGCCAAGGCUGGGCCCUACCAGGAGGCUCGCCAGCAGCUGUCUCUCCUCCUGGACCAGCAGGGCCUGGGGGCCUGGCCCUCGAAACCACUGGUGGGCAAGUUCAGAAACUGA